CACACUGCUUUCUAACAGGACCACAGACUCUGAAUCCUCCUUCAGUCCUGAAGGGCUCUUUCAGAUGUGCUACACUGGGUCUAAGAGUGCUGUGCCUCCUGAUGUUAGCUGGGAUCAUCAUCCUGUCCAUAUGCUAUGCUUUGAACAAGAGUGAAAACAAAAGACUUCAUGCUAAAUGUGACAAACUGAACCACGUUUACAAUGACACCAAAAAGAAUCACACUGAGCUCCAGGAUGAACUUCAAGACACAAAAACCAGCCUGACUCAGUUACAGAGCCGUUAUGAUGAACUGAGUAAAAACCACAGUCAGCUACAGGAAGAAGUGAAGAAGCUGAAGGAGAAGAUAGAAGGGAAGUGUCCAGAAGAAUGGACGAGGUUUGGAAGCAGCUGUUACUUUAAAUACACUGAGUGGAAAACUUGGUCUGACAGCAGGAGAGCCUGUCAGGAUAAAGGAGCUGAUCUGGUGAUGAUAAACAGCAAAGAGGAACAGAAAGGAAACUCUUUGAGGAUCGAGGUGGAAGAGCUUAUGAGGAGGCAGGACAAUGAGUGGGCAGCGGAGAGGCUGAUCAACAACCGUGAGCAACCAGAGAUGGGUGGAUGA